AUGGCCGAUCAGCUUUCUGAAGGUGUGUAUAGAAACAAAUCUCCGGUACGAACAUCACUCUCCUGCUUUGAUGCAGCUCAUUGGAAACAGAGUUCAAGGAGGCGUUCUCCCUUUUCGACAAAGUCAGAUGGAGACGGCACGAUCACUACGAAAGAACUAGGGACAGUUAUGCGUUCCCUGGGCCAGAAUCCCACCGAAGCCGAACUCCAGGACAUGAUCAACGAGGUCGACGCUGACGGAAAUGGCACCAUUGACUUCCCUGAAUUCUUGACAAUGAUGGCCCGCAAGAUGCGCGACACCGACAGCGAGGAGGAGAUCAAAGAGGCUUUCAAAGUCUUCGACAAGGACGGCAAUGGCUAUAUCAGUGCCGCUGAGCUCCGACACGUUAUGACCAACCUGGGCGAGAAACUUUCGGAUAAUGAGGUCGACGAAAUGAUUCGUGAAGCAGACGUCGAUGGCGAUGGUCAAAUCAACUACGACGAGUUCGUCAAAAUGAUGCUCUCGAAAUAA